UCUUAACUGGUAAUACCAAAUCAAAAUCCCGAGUCUGGAAACUAGAACGCGCAACGGCGUUAAGGGAGAGAGAGGAGGAGGAGAGAUUAGUUGAGCCCUAGACCCGUCGUCCUCCUCCACGCAACGCCGCCUCCCUCUUCUGGCAACGGCGUCAUCGUCCACAGAAACCUCCGCCUCCCUUCUCUGGCCAAACCAUAUCAGCAUUAAAUGGAGCCCAGAUGGAAAGGGAAGGGCUUCAAAGCUAAAGCUCUUGCAGAGCCCAUGUCAAAGAUAGUAUCCCAGCUGCAGUCUUCGCUAAUUCAAUCAGAUGCUCAUGGAUUGCUUACUGGGUGUACUGUACUCAUAGCUGUAAAACCAGAGCAAACUGAUCUUCUUGACCGUGCAUGUUUUGGUAAACGCAUUGUUACAGCUGAAAAGGAUAAUGAGUGGUUUCAGCUGGGUCUAGAAGAAGCCUUUUACCUAUGUUUUUCGUUAAAGUGUCUCAAGGUUGUAGGUGAUGAUAAGUGUCCAAAGAAUGAUGUAGAGCUAUGGCAGUGCAUGAUAUCCCGAAAACCGAAUUUCCCUGAUUUCUACAAGGCUUAUUCUCAUCUUCGGAUGAAGAAUUGGGUUGUCAAGUCAGGUUUGAAUUAUGGAGUGGAUUUUGUUGCCUACCGGCACCACCCGUCUCUGGUCCAUUCUGAAUAUGCUGUGCUUGUGUUAUCGGAAGGAGAGGAUGAGGGAAAUGGCCGGUUGAGGUUGUGGUCUGAUCUUCAUUGCACUACUCGAGUUAGUGGAAGUGUUGUGAAGACACUUUUGGUUCUUAGGAUCACUAAAAAUGGUAAUGAUGUUGCCUCUCCAUCAUGUUUGGAAAAAUACACUGUUGUAGAGCGAACUAUCAGGAGAUGGCAUCCAGAACAAUGCCGUGAAGAUAAUAUGAUAGGGGAAAACAGAACCAAGCAACAAGAAGCUCUUGGAAAAGCAAGUUUAAAGACCAAAUUUACUCAAAAACAUGAUGUGAAAUUGAAGCCAGGCCUAGUUGGAAUUGAACGAGUUCUUCAUAUGCACGUAAAGAAACCGUUUGGUCCUAAAUCAGAGGCCUCUUGGCUGUUUGUGUCCUUUCUUGUAGCAGUUUCUCAGUUUUGAAGCAUGCAUGUGUUAAAAGGACAAACCUGAACAGAAUCUUCACGUGCUUUUCUUCACGUGCUUCUUGUUGCAUGUCUGUCGGUCUGGGGACAUUUGGUGCUUCUAUCGAGAUACCUCUAUCGAGAUACCAUUCACAAAAGCCAGUGCCACUUCGUUAUCGUAAUUUGUAGCCCAGUUUUUAGUUUUACACAAAUCUUCAAUUAGCGUUACUUUGUUUAUGGUUCAAUUUCUCCGAUUCUUCUUCAGGCGCUAGGUUCUAAAAUAAGUAAAUAACAAACCCCAGCAAUUUUCCAAAGCUCCCAUGAAAUUCAUAAAAUUUCCUACAUAGUUUUGAAUUCUGUUUUGAAGAUCAUUUCGGAUUUGAUUACUAAAACCAAAUAUUUUGGUAUAAAUAUUUGUCAUUUCGGAAUUAUCCCAUAAUGAGCUUCAAUUCCAAAAGAAUAAAAAUACAAGCACAAUAUUUUCAUAACAAAAUUUAGGUAAUAAGCUGUUAUUGGCUGGUAAAAAGUAACAUAACUAAUGUGCUCAAAUUAAAACCACUAAGUACUUAUCACCUAGGUUAUGUUGUAAACUUGCUGUGAACAUAUAUUAGACAUUAACAGAUCCAAAUCAAGAAAGCUCAAUCUUAUCAAAGUCUAGUAGUGUUUCCAUCACAUGCGGUGAUUAUCAUGCAUGACAAAAGAACAUGAUUGAAAAGCUCCAAGCUUAACUAAAGCAUCUGCACUUGAUUGGCUACCUAAAAUACAUUAUCAAGGCUCUUGUUUACAAUGUUUAAAUGUUGAUCUUUUUGUCCUGGAAAGCCAACUGAAAUUUGAGUUCUACUAGAGCAAUCUUACCCAUAAUAUAUGUACAUGAAUUCACAACGGGUAAAUGAAAUCCUAUCCCUCCACAAUCUCCAUACCAAGUAACAUCUUUCCCUUAUUAGUGAGAUUGUGAUAACAACAAAAAAGAGCACCAUGAAAUUACAUAUACCACCACCUUUCCAAAACCAAACCAAACGAGUUCAUUAGUCCAUGACAAACCAGCCCUUAAGUAAAAGACCAAAA